GCGGCGGCCCGGGCGCAAGAUGGCGGCGGAGCGGCAGGGCUCAGGUGGCGGCCGUGGAGGAGCAGCAGCAGCAGCAGGAGGAGGCGGAGGAGGAGCGGAGGAGAACAAGGAGAACGAGAGACCGGCGGGACCGCAGCCUGGCGGCCUCGGCGACAGCUUGGGCCUGGAGAUCCUUCAGAUUGUGAAGGAGUCUCAGCAGCAGCACGGUUUGCGACAUGGAGACUUCCAGAGGUACAGGGGUUAUUGCUCCCGCAGGCUGAGGCGGCUCCGAAAAACACUCAACUUCAAGAUGGGAAACAGGCACAAGUUCACGGGGAAGAAAGUAACUGAAGAGAUUCUCUCAGACAACAGGUAUUUGCUGUUGAUUCUGAUGGAUGCAGAGCGAGCCUGGAGUUACGCCAUGCAGCUGAAGCAGGAAGCAAACACGGAGCCUCGCAAACGAUUCCACUUGCUGUCGCGCCUGCGCAAAGCCGUGAAACACGCUGAGGAGCUGGAGCGGCUGUGUGAGAGUAACAGAGUGGAUGCUAAAACAAAGCUGGAAGCUCAGCAAAAGCUGGACAGGAAACCUUUGCAUUUUGGGUGA